AUGUUCGCCAGCUGCUGCACAAAGCUCGGCGUGACGCCUCUGCUUCCUCUUCUUCUGAACACGGCCUUGAGCUCCAAGCUGUGUCCCAGCUCCUGCCUGUGCUACGAAUCCUCCCACCUGGUGGACUGCGGGUCCCGUGGGCUGGACCGGGUCCCUCCCAGUGUCCCCCAUGGCACCCGGCAGCUGGACCUGACCGGGAACAAGAUGACAGUGGUGCGUGCCAGAUCCUUCAUGGGGCUGUGGUUAAUCAACAUCCUCCUGAUGUCCAACAACAGCAUCCAAACUCUGCAGCCACAGUCUCUGUCACCACUUCAUUCUCCGGAGACGCUGGACUUGAGUUUCAACCGGCUGCGUUGGAUCCCUCGGGACUUCUCUCGGAGUCUGUCCUCCCUCCUGGAGCUCCGGCUGGACCACAACCCACCGCAUCGCCCGGGCCCCGCUCCCCUGCGGGAGUUUGAAAACCUGAGGAAACUGAACCUUUUAGCUACAACCGCAUCCAAGUGAUGGAUGUCGGGGGUUUUCAGCGGCUUGUCUCGACCGAGCCUCCUCAGCCUGGAGGGAAACGGGCUGAGCGUGCUUGAGGACGGCCUGCUCAGCAGGCAGCGAAGCCUGGAGGUGCUGCUGCUCAGCCACAACAAUAUGUCGGGGAUCGAGGCCGAAGCUCUGGCUCCUUUGCAGAGGCUCACUCUGCGGGGUCUUCGGGGCAACCGGCUGCGGCACGUCAGGUCCAAGACCCUACUGCAGCUCCAGACCGCCAGCGCCCACCUUCACAUGUCCCUUAACCCCCGGACCCGUGGCCGCGAGCUGCCGCGCCCCUUCAGCAAGAUCCGCCGCGCUCGACGUCUGCGCGCGGAGGACCGCGGAGACAUCGUCUGCCACGCCGCGCUCCCCUCGCUGGACAGCCGGCUGUGCGCGGCGGAGAGAUCCGCGUCGGGGCUCGUCAUAGCCGUCACUGUGACGCUCGCCGCGAGUGGCAGCCUGGUCCAGGCGGAGCGGAGCCGCGAGAACAAAGCGACUGCGCGCGACGCGGAGUCACGGGGACGAGAAAAAUGA